AUCACGCCAUCAUGGCAUCGAACGCUGCCGCUGAAGAUACGACGGACGGCCCAGGCGCCGGUGACGGUCAGACCGCACAUCGUAACAACGAUAAGACUUACUCUUGUGGAGAACUGCUUCUUAAAUGGGUGUUGGUUGUACUCAUCAUGUUAGCCGUACUGGCCUGUAUAGUGGUCAGUACUAUCUCUACUCUCGUGCUGGCAAAAGAUAACACAACGAUUGCAAACGGAACUUUUGUCACCAACUAUUCUGGUGCUCUAGUUCCACUCUCUGAUGCUAGCACCGUGGCUCUAUGGCUGGUACUUUUUGUACCGUCAGCAUUCGGCUUUACACGCGCGAUGGUCAAGGAAGGUCUGAGCAGUGGUCAACCAUCACCACACUGGACAUCAGUGUUUCUCACCGCCUUUGUAAGUGUGUGCGAGGUGUCCGGACUGUGGCUGUUUACCUUCUACGUUCUCCCUGAUGAUAGCGUGGACAUCUCGACCGCCAUUGUUCUGAUGAACACUGUGCUUGUUGGUCAUUUCAUACCACGGCAUACUAAGCACUGGUGGCUUGUCCUGAAUGUUCUUGGCAUUUUAUGUAUCACAGGGGGUGUGGUUUGGCAGUGGCUUGAUUAUUAUCAAAAUCCGAAAAAAGAGUCAUCUUUUGGUUAUUCAAUCUGGGUCAUACCCACAUCGGUCGUGCUUCUGACUAUAGCCUGGUGCCCACUGAUUCAGGAACGUCAGAUGAAAGUAAAGUCAUCUUCUUUUAGGCAACAACAUCAUCAUGGUAGUCAAGAGGUCUCUGAGAGGGAUGAGUCAUAUCAACGACAAGACACCAGCAGUGCCGCUCAAGAAGACACUAAAACUGCAGAUGUGAGGGCCACGAUUGUCAAGAACUUCCUCAACAUGGUCAUCCUAGUCAUAGCGUUAUUUGUGGUACCUCCACAUGGCUAUAAUGUGAACAACGGCUUCAACUCGCUAUACCUAAGGCAGACCGAAGUGAUGCUUUCCGUACUCCCUGCUUUUGGUGGGUACGUUCUUGGUGUUAUCGCGUGUGCCAUGUGCAUCCAGGCCUACUCUUUUCUCUUUCCUCUGUCUGUCGCCCCCUUCAUAACAUUUAUCAUCAUGGAUCGGCCAGACUAUUGUCUGUGGUUUGAGAACAUUUGCAGCAGGGUGCAUGUGCGUAGCGAUUCACAUGUGUAUCUCAGACUCGGCCUGGUAUUACUGGGGCAAAUAUGCUGCAGUGUGUACAAUUACGUCCUGACGGCACCCAAAAUCUAUGAGAAUGAAUCAAACGUAAGUACAUUGUACAUUCAAGUUGUUUACUUAAAUGUAGCAUGUAGCUUUAGUCACCAUCUUCUACAAUAUACUGCUGUAUAUGCUUUAUACUUAUAA